UCCAGCACGCACCGAACGCUGCCUGCAGAGAGUCGAUAUGCUUUGCCGAGCCGACCGCUAUAAGCGCCUGAACCGCUGGCGAGUGCGCGCGACUUCGGUCGCGUGUGUGCAGUCGUGUGUAGGUCGCCCAUACAUUACGCUGGUUGCUGCGUUGUAGUCCUGCUCAUUCCUACCACUGCUGGUAGACGGGCAGGUAUAGCUGGAAAAGAAACGUUCUGUGAAAUUUGCGCUGACUUUGCGGCCACCUUGUUUGGUGUGACUGUUCGCCACCUGCUGUACGGACUGACUGCCAGUGAGUUCCCGCGCGGGGGGCUGUCAUUUGUGUCCGUCUCUUACAGGGUAAUCAGGCGUUCUAUAAACGGGAAAAAUCUUCACGGGGAAGAAGAAGCACGUUGUGCUUCCAUCUGGACACUAGCCUGUAUACAGUCUUGGAGGCGAGACGACGAUGACGUGCGAUGACCUGAACUGCAAACUGACCUUUGCGUAAAUGAACGUGACAUUUCUUGCAACGCUCGACCAGAUUGUUCCAUUUCGUCGCGUAAGUCCUUCACACCCAUAAGCCGCAUUCUUGAAGCCGCACGGUCUGAGGCAGUGCGGGAUAGCUCGGGAGUGGACCAGACAUGAGCGGGUCCUACGAGUUGCACCAGCCGACGUCUCACCCCACAUCUCCGCCGCUCAUCCCUGAGGAGUCGCCUCCGUUCUCGAGGGUAACGGGCGGAUCCCCGACAGCGAACGGUGACGGUCCAGUGGGGGCCACCUCUAUGACGAAGACGGGCUGGGUGCGGACCAGCGCCAGCAUGAACCCAAACCUGUACGCCACCAAGAAGACCUUGGCGCAGGGCAUGCUCGACGUGGCCCUGCUCUCGGUCAACGCCACCCAACUCAAGACCAUCAUACAGCGUGGGGACGAACACGACUUCUACACCGUGCUCGUGGUUCUCAUCAGCCUGUCUAUCGCCCUGCAGAUUCUGGUGGGCAUGGUCUUCCUGGUGCUGGGCUUCGUCAACCUCAACAAGGACAAGAACCACCGGAUGGCCGAGAUCCUCAACAACGUGGCCACCGCGGCCGUCUUCGCCGUCACGGUGCUUAACAUCCUGACGGCCUCCUUCGACAGCCGCAGCAACGACGGCACCACCUUCCAGCGACGGCCAAGCCAGGCCCAGCCUUUGGUUCCGCGAUGAACUUGUCGCUUUCUUUUUUUCUUUGUGCGCGCUGGAAGGAGACGUGUUUUAUGCUGGCGACGUUGCUGAUUUCCCGACAUGUUAAAGGCGCGCUGACGUGAUAUUUUCGCUUGUUAAUCGGUUGCAUUAAAUGAAGGUCUGAAACGUCUAAACCUAGCGAAAAUGCUCGCAAGCCUCACGGGGCCCUAAAUGAUUUGAUGGAAUAGCUUUUCUACUGCCAAUUUCGGUAUGGUUUUGUACUUUAUGGUGAUUUCGUGACGCAGGAGGAGGUCGCGUGGGAGCAAGGCAUUGUAACGUUUUGACACUUGCUGCAGCUCGCUCGGUCGUCUGAUAUGGCACAACAUGGCCUACAGAACUGCAGGUGGCUGAGAAAGCUGCAGCGAAUGUCAAAACCUCACAAUGUCCUGCUCCUACGUGGCCACGCUGUGUCAUGACGUCACGACACAGUAACUUCCUGGAAAACGGAACCGAAACUGGCUGUAGAAAAAUCAAUAAAAUAAAAUAUCUGGGCCGCGCUAUGUGAUGCUAGUAUUUUUCUCAUGGCGUUUGCAGGUGUAGGAACUUCAUUUAACGCAAUAAAUUAACAACAUGUCAUGUCAGUACACCUUAAGAACACUCCAUGAGUACCGCGUGGCCUGCAACAAUAUCGCUCCCACGUAUUUUAUCGCUGAUAAGAAACAAUUCGGCUUACAAAGGCAUCGUCAGCCUUUUCCCAAUGGCUUUUACCGCCUUUUCCGAAUAUUUAGACCAAAAGUUGCACUUUACCGUUCAGGGGAGAUGUGAAAAGGAGACGAGUUAAACUCUGGGUUCUUCUUAGGUGAACGACGUCAGGACUGCCGUGGUGGCUCAUCAGUGUCUUCGGCGCUUUUCUGUUGAACACGACUUCGAGGGUUCAACUUCCAGCCGCGGCGAAUGCAUUUCGAUGGCAGCGAAAUGCAAAAUGUUCGUGUACCUAGAUUCAGGUGCAUGUUUAUAAGAAACACAUUGGUCGAAAUUUAUCCGACGCUGCAGUUGCAGUUUCGGGACUUCCAGCCCCACAAUUAGAUUUUUCAUUUAAGCAAUGUCUCCCGGUUGUGUGCUACACAAUAUGCAAAAACCCGAUACUUGUUGGAAUUAGCGCUAACUUAGUGGACCAGAUCGUCACUGGUGAGUGUGCUGCAUUUUGCAUAGAAACAUACUAAACACCACAUGUGCAAUCUUGAAAACUGUGAACCGCCAAAUGACACAGUUUUACUUCAGCAAAACCUACUUGUGUGAACACCUAUCGGGUGCCAAAAGAAUGACAGCUCCCUCGAAGGCGGCAGAGGAUAAGAUGACGUGAUUAUAUAUGGAAAUUUAAAUGCACAGGCUGGGCUCGAUUGACGCAGAGUGAAGCUAUGUGGAAGUUGCUAGAAAAAGCCUUUGCUUUGCAGUGGGCUGAAAGGAUGACAAUGGGGGCAAGGAUGAUGAUGAACUCUGUAAUAUCAUACUUGGAAUAAAUUUCAGUUUUAAUUCGUG